AUGUCUUCUCACGGCUUCCUGGGAAAAGAGUACACUGUCUACCGUCCUGUCGGUGGUGCCCCCUCUCCAGUUACUGUCAAGAUACCCGACCUUGAGCCUCACGACGUUCUCGUUCGGAUCACUCAUACUGGCGUGUGCCAUAGUGAUCUAAUCUACUGCCGAGGAGGCGUCCCUGCAGCUCUAGGGCACGAAGGAGUGGGAAUCGUGGAAGCGGUUGGUCCUCUCGUAACCCAAUUCAAAGUUGGAGACCGUGCCGGAGGUGGCUUCCAUCGGAGUGCUUGUGGCCAUUGCAAGUACUGCCUGUCUGGCAGAGACAUUUAUUGCUAUGAACGCGUUACCUUCGGCGAGGGAGACUUCGACAAUGGCACUUUCGGCACUUACUACAUUGGAAAGCAGACAUUCCUCCAUAAGAUUCCUGAAAAUUUGGCUAGUGAACAUGCCGCACCCCUUCAGUGCGCCGGGACGACCGUUUAUGCGGCCUUGAAAGCUACGGUAACGAACGAGAAAAGGGUCGGCAUCUUUGGCAUUGGCGGACUGGGACAUCUAGCUAUCCAGUACGCUGCCAAAAUGGGGGCCGAGGUUGUUGUCUACAGUACAACUGCCAGCAAAGAGAGCGAGGCUCAGGAGCUGGGGGCGACGGAGUUUCAUCUCAUCAGCGAGAUGUUCGACAAGAAGGCUGCACCAAUCGACGUCUUGGUUGUUGCAGGCUCCAAGUACCCCGAUUGGGAGAAGGCCAUGGUAAAGGAGUUUCUCGCUAGAGAUGGAAUAAUUGUACCUCUCGCGGCCCCUGUCAACGGACCUCUCAGUUUACCUGCGAAUGCAAUGUUUUUUAAUGGGUAUCAUGUCUUCUCUAGUCUAGUUGGAUCUAGAGGAAUUCACGAUGAGAUGCUCGAUUUUUCAGCUCGCCAUAACAUCAAGCCGCUCAUCCAGGUCUUUAAGCACGAUGGCCCAUCAAGCCUUCAAUCAGUAUUUGAACGCCUUGAGCAGAACACUAUUAGAUACAGGGCUGUUCUAGAGAUGUAA